CACACCUUUUCACCUGACAUGCCGUCUCCGAGAGUAGCUCGGCACAAGGCGUUUUGAGGCGUCACUCAGUCACUCACUGAUCUCUACACCUGGAUGGUAUACGUAGACAGUGUGAUACAAUACUUCAUCUUCUCCUGGCAUUUUGGAUACCAAGGCCGGUGGUAGCUGGUCCCUUACAAGACGGUGAGGUGCCGGAGGUCCCUCCGCUCCCUCUGGACAUCGAGGGGUCCCCGGCAUAUACAGUACAUUCCAUUCUGGACUCUAGACGUCAGGGUCAAGGUAUGUCCACUCCGGCUUCUCAGGGGGUUCUACGGCCUGUUCUGAUUGGCUGUUUUUUAGUGGCAUGCUUCGUGGGAAUAUUCUUCAUUUACUACAAACCCCAGAUCAAGUUCCUUUCAUGCCCUACUGACCAGGCAUCCCACGAGGGGAAGGCUGGUUGUUCUCCUUGCCCUCAAGUAAGUAUGGCAGGGAGCCACACGGGGCAAAAAACACACCAUGCCCAGACAGCCAUUCAGGCCGAUGAUGACGGAGUCACAGACACUAUCAUUUUAAUCUGGAUGUGGCCAUUUGGUCAGGCCUUCGACAUAAACUCUUGUGCCUACUUUAACAUCAAAGGCUGUCACCUAACAGUGGAUAAAAACCUUUACAGCAAGGCGCACGGUGUCAUAUUCCACCAUAGAGACAUCCAUGGAGACCUGAAGAACAUGCCCCAAGAGCAACGUCCAUGGUUCCAGAAAUGGGUGUGGUGGAAUGGAGAAUCACCGGCUAACACAAACAGGAUUCCUGGUGUUGACCACUUGUUCAAUUUGACUGCGAGUUAUCGACUGGAUUCUGAUAUCAAGGUUCCAUAUGGGUUGCUUGUCGAGGUAACCAGUGAGGAUAAAAUCUUCGAGCUGCCCAAGAAGGACAAAUUAGUCUGUUGGGUAGUGAGCAACUGGAACCCAAACUACAAGAGGGUACAGGUGUUCAACGAGCUCAGUAGGCAUGUCAAAGUAGAGGCCUAUGGGAGACAUUUUAGUAGAUACCUAGAAAACGAAGACUACUCGAAGAUGCUGUCCAGCUGUAAAUUCUACCUGGCGUUUGAAAACUCCAUCUACAAAGACUAUGCUACAGAGAAGCUGUUCAACGCUAUGAAGUUGGGAGCAGUGCCCGUUGUUCUAGGUCCAUCCAGAGACAACUACGAACAAUUUAUCCCAGGGGACUCUUUCAUCCAUGUGGAUGAUUUCUCCUCUACAGAGGAGCUGGCAAAGAAGCUUCUCUUUCUCGACCAGAACGAGGAAGAAUACAUGAGGUACUUCACCUGGCGAAAGAACUUUAAAGUCCAGGGAUGGUGGUUUGGACUUGAGCACGCCUGUCGCUCAUGUGAUUACAUUCGAAGAAAUAAAGGAUACAAAACUUUUCAUAAUCUAAAUAAAUGGUUUUGGGGCUAAGUGACCCAUUUGUAGUGGUCGACAAUGUGGCUGUGUGAAGAGUAUUCUAUGCUGGACAACCUGGGUGGAAUAAUUUAGUUUGGUUCCACCAAUUUGGUACCUUUUGAGAAGUGUAACAGUAAAAAACUGAGCAUGUUUUUUUGUUUUUUUGCCUCAAACACUAGAACAUUUCCAAGAAGAAUAGAACCAGUUCACCUGCUUUUACACGAUGAUUUGACUAUUAAUGUUCAAAGCUUCUUCCAAGAAAAAUAUUUCACCAGGAAUAGUUUUUCACCAUAUUAAAACGAGUGUUCAGUUCACGUAACAAGGUAGAGCUUUAAAAUUAGGGAUAAAUGAAUCACUAAUCACAAACGUUACUCUUCAGAAAUGACUGUCAAUGCAACAAAAUAACUUAGGCUUUAAAAUGAUGGGGAAAACUUGGAGAAAUGUUGGGGUUAAGCGGGUUCAAAUCUCCCUAGAAAUCUGAGUGCAUGGAGGGACAUGUCAAAAUGCUACAUUUUAUCACUUUAAGUCUUUAUUCAUCUAAAACAAAUAUGUUAUUCAAUUCUCCAUGUGGUCUAUAUUAAAGGGAACUUAAUAUAAUAUAACAGGGUUUUAAAAUGCAAUAAUGGAGCACAAUUUCUACUUCAAAUACUGAAGGGAUGGACAAGACACUCUUUCUUGAAACAAAACAACCCUUUAGAAUAUUAGGAGCCCUGGUAGCACAUGCAACAGCCACUCUUCCUUGGGUGCACACACACCAUGCAAUACACGACAGAGAAAGGAGGGGGGGAACGUGUAAUAUGACUUGUUGCCAAAUAAUGUAAAAUGUUACCCACAUUAACAUCACGUAAUGUUUUUUUUAAUUUAACCUUCAUUUAACUAGGCAAGUCAGUUAAGAACAAAUUCUUAUUUACAAUGACGGCCUACCAGGGAACAGCAGGUUAACUGCCUUGUUCAGGGGCAGAACAACAGAUUUUUACCUUGUCAGCUCGGGGAUUCAAUUCAGUAACCUUUCGGUUACUGGCCCAACGCACUAACCACUAGGCUACCUGCCGCCUCAAUGUAAAAUGUUACCCACAUUAACAUAAUGUAAUGUAAAAUAUGACCCAUAUUAACAUCAUGUAAUGUAAAAUAUGACCCAUAUUAACAUCAUGUAAUGUACAAAUGCUGUCCAUGAACAUCAUACUGUUUUUUUUUAUUUUUUGAGAGAAUUGAAAUUGAUGUGAGAAUGCAAUGAAUUUUAAAUAUUGUUCAAGAUUUUUGUGGAUAUUUACAUUUGUAUUAAUGUUGACCACCUCACAGCAGCAACAUAAAUUACACCUGCUUGAUCAGUUCAGAAUAUUUACUCCUUCACUCCAUUGCCCAAACAGAGCAAUCUCUUUGCAUAUAUUUGUUUUUGCAUUGUUUACCUACCAGCACAAAACAAAAGGAAACCAUACAACCUUACAGCACAGACAGAAAGAUAAAUUGGUUGUGUCCUUACUGUGCCUUUGAGUAUCAUUUGAAAGGGGGAAGGGAAAAGUACAGCUGUGAGGAAUUUUCCACACUGUCUCCCUCGACACAAUGAAAAUAGUUGUAAGACCUUCAAGAUAUGUCAUGUACUGAAUACUGUCUGAUUAAUAAAAACCAAGGUCUGGAAAUAA